GCAUUAUUGUUCUAAACUGACCUUCGCUUGACAUUCAACCGUUGCAUUUUAUAUUUCUCAGGGCUUUCGAGGUAUUUAGGCAAGUCCUUUUUGCAACUCCAACCAGACAUUACAACGGCAACAUGGCUCUUAACAAAUUGAGCAUCGAAAACUUGGACUUGGCUGGUAAACGGGUGUUAAUGAGAGUUGAUUUCAACGUCCCCAUUAAGGAAGGAAAAAUUACUAGCAACCAACGUAUUGUAGCUGCCUUAGACAGUGUAAAGUAUGCCUUCUCGAAGGAUGCUAAAGCAGUCAUAAUGAUGUCCCACUUGGGCCGUCCAGAUGGCAACAAAAAUCAAAAGUACACUAUGGCUCCUGUCGCGGAAGAAUUAAAGAAACUUCUAGGAAAGGAUGUAACAUUCCUUAACGACUGUGUGGGCGCAGAAGUUGAAGAAAAAUGCAAGGAUCCACCAGCAGGCAGUGUUAUUUUAUUGGAAAACGUUCGUUUCUAUGUCGAAGAAGAGGGCAAGGGUGUAGAUGCUAGCGGUGCUAAAGUGAAAGCCGACCCUGCAAAAGUUAAGGCUUUCCGUGAGAGUUUGGCCAAAUUAGGCGAUGUCUAUGUUAAUGAUGCUUUCGGCACUGCCCACCGUGCUCAUAGUUCAAUGAUGGGUGAAGGUUUCGAAAAACGUGCAGCUGGACUUUUGUUAAACAAAGAGCUAAAAUAUUUCUCUCAAGCUUUGGAUAAUCCACCACGUCCAUUUUUGGCAAUUCUAGGCGGAGCUAAAGUAGCUGAUAAAAUCCAGUUGAUUGAAAAUCUCCUCGACAAGGUUAACGAAAUGAUAAUCGGAGGCGGUAUGGCGUUCACUUUUUUGAAAGUAUUGAACAAUAUGAAAAUAGGUUCUUCAUUGUUCGACGAAGAAGGCUCUAAAAUUGUUCAAAAUUUGGUAGAGAAAGCCAAGAAGAACAAUGUACAACUCCAUUUACCCGUAGAUUUUGUAUGUGGCGAUAAGUUUGCAGAGGAUGCCGCUGUCAGCGAAGCCACUGUUGAAAGUGGUAUUCCCGAUGGUCACAUGGGCCUGGAUGUUGGACCCAAAACAAGAGCGGCAUUUGCUGAACCUAUCGCUCGUGCCAAGAUCAUUGUUUGGAAUGGCCCUCCAGGUGUUUUCGAAUUUGCUAACUUUGCCAAUGGAACCAAAGCUGUUAUGGAUGGUGUAGUUGCUGCAACUAAAAACGGUUGCGUUUCCAUCAUUGGUGGUGGAGACACAGCUUCUUGUUGCGCCAAGUGGAAUACCGAGUCCCAAGUUUCACACGUUUCCACAGGUGGUGGAGCUUCAUUGGAGUUGUUGGAAGGUAAAACGCUGCCCGGUGUUGCCGCUUUAAGCAAUGCUUAAUGGAAAUAAGUUACAAAAUUAAAUUUAAGAAAUCAAUUUGAUAAUUAUAUGAAUAUUAUUGGUUUGUGAAUCAUAAUUCCGAACAUACAUACUUCGUAACUAGUUGUUUAUUAAAAGUUUAAAUAAAGUAUCAGUAGAAACGUCAUUAAAUUAUGAA